AUGCCUCCAAAAGCAAAAGCCCGUGCUGCUGCCAUUCACCUCGGAAUCGCUCGCUCUGCCCCUGGGCGCGUCGACAUCGGCAGUCUGACAUUGCAAGAUCCAUCGAUUGCAGCCCCCGUCAGUCGGCCCCCAGCUGCACACGACAUGGAACCUCCCAUCGCCGAUAUCACAAAAAUUGAACUCGACCAUCUUGGGACCUUCUGCCAUUUCUGCUCGGAUGGGUGUGAUGCAACAACGUCCUACACGUGUGUCAAAUGUGGCGCCGUUAUAUGUCACCAAACACGGCCAGGCGGAUCUGGAUGCAUUGCCCAUGACUCGGUGCCGAAGAAUUGGGAGUUCCUGUGCCCACUGUGCGCUAGAAAGGUUGAUGGAAAGGAGAGGAGCUUGCCUUACAAGGUAAUCGGUUAUGGGAUGCGCAAGAGAGUGAAGAAGGCGUGGCCAGCUUGCAUUGUUCACAUAACCUUAGAUUCGAUGAAGGACCAAUAUCUGAAGCUCCUGAUUAAUCUUGACCUCGUGACCCAAUACAAACAAUCAUCUGCAAAUUUAACCACAGCUAGCCUAGCCAUGAAGGCAGGGGCUCAUGACAAACAAUCGCGUCUGUUGACAAUACCUUCGAACUUUAUCACCACCUCCAUGUUGGAAAACGUUCCCAGCAAUACCUUUGUGAUCAUGGACACUCACUCCGAUGAGUACACUGGUAUGUUGCAGCAUACCGGUGGGGCUUCCGGAGGAACCAACACCACGGCUGCAGAAAUCAUACAAGCCUACCUCGGUAAGAAGUUCAUAGCGGCGAUGAGGUUCGCGUCAAAAAAUGCGAGGGAGGAUGAGUCGGUGGAGACAACCGCCAUGGGCGGCACACCAUGGUGCGAUACCACACCAAAGGCGAGGGGUGGACGACGGGGACUUAUCCUUGUCACUUGUGGGCCUGCCAUACGGGUCAGCCAUCACUUUGACUCACUGCUGAAACUGGUGAAGGAGGACGUCUUUGAUUUCAUCGUUGGAUUUGGAGGGGCCUCGACCCUCCCUGUGAACGUUGGCCCCAUGGUUCAAGCCUUUGUUCGCAAUGCUACACUGUUCGGAAUACCGGAUGUCUGGGACUCAUUGUGCGAAUUGCUCGCCUCCAGUCCAGAUGUUUUGGACCACAACACCGUCGUGAUUGUCUAUGGCUCAUAUGUAGAGGGGAAGCGCAUAGUCGAGAGCAGAGAGAUAGGCAAACACCGUCCUCCGUAUCGUGCGUUUGGUCACGAGUUCAGUGCAUGCGCAAAGGAGGGCUGCCGUCCCGCGGUAUCGGAUAACCGGGUAUCAACAAAGAACGGCAAGGUUCGCAUUACCUGUGCAAAGUGUCAAUGGACAUCCGCCUGGGUGGCUAUUGACAAGGACAACGAGUAUUUCUUCCGUGUCAAACCUACCAUUGCUCCGAUGCUCUUCUGGCACCACUUCCCCCCGUCGUCUGGACUCAACAACUUUUUCGUGAACGCCACGCGAGAUGCCGAUCGAAAGGGCUCCAAGGGGAAGAAAAGACAGGAGCACAACGCUGAAGCAUCCAAUCGUCGCCCUGCAAAACGCCGGAGGCCAUCGUCAAGUUUGGAAGGGUCAAGCAGUGAUGGCAAUGAAGGGUCACCUAUGACAUGUGAAUGA